UCCCUAAGUUUUGCUGUGUUGAUAUUCAGAGCAAGGUGAACAUCAUCAGUGCAUAGCUUGCUGAUCGGGGUUUGAGCAUUUUGCCAUUAUGUGAUGUAUGAAAACGUUUGCCUGUGGUUGUGGUCUCCCAGAUGCAAUAAGGUUGGCAAACUAUCUGCAACUGAAAAUGCUACCAGUGUGUGUUGUUGUCUUGUCGCAGGGAAUGAAAUUUGUUAAUUGCUAACUAGAAUAUGACUGAAGAGAGGAUCCCCACAGGCACCACAUGCUUUGAUCUGUCUACCGAUUGCAACAAUUUAAACAUUUUGGACCAAUGCAAUAAGAUUAGUAUUGUUUCUGAGGCAGCAGAAUAUAUUGCGGAAGGGAUGUGGUUGUGCUGUUGGCAUGGGAUGUUGCUACUAUCACGGCCAUCUGUUGCUGUGUUGACAAGUGUGACAUUGGCCUGAGCAGAGAGAAAAAAAAGGUGGAAAACAUUCUCUGUGCGCAUGCGAAUUUUGAUGGUAGGGCUGAGCGGAGGGGGUAUGUCUUGUCCAGGGGUAUAAGGUCUGCAGGGGUACCUGGUUCUCUUAUUGCUCAUGUGUCACAUCGGUCUUCCCACUCAGCAGUAGGGGAAACAAAAUGGGAGAGUUUCUGAUCUGGUGUUAGGCCACGGUGGUUGGGCGUGAGGCCAUGGAGAUGGAGGGAUCCUUGGAGGUGCUCGGUGUCCUCCUUGUCAUUGCCCUAGGCAUCAUCAAGCAAACCAUCCUCUCCCGUGAACAAUUGAAAUAAAGUACUACCCAGCUAAAUUUUCCAUCUGGACAACAAAUCUUGGCGAAGAGUUUUCUCCUGAUGGAGUACUCGAAUGAUGGGCUGCCAAUGUUGGUACUCAAACAUAUUUUAUACUUGGCCAUGGUGCGAGUGUAGAAUAUAUAUAUAUAUAUAGGAGACAUUUGAAAAGGCCUGGGAGUAAAAUUCUGAUCCACACCCUGAAUAUUUGGAUUUUUGGAUAAAAAAUGAAAGUGAGGGGAUGAGGGCCGUGGCUUGUUAUCUGAGGAAAAGCUAUGCAUAGAGAUCAGACUACCUCACAUUGGCGCAUUGAGCAGUACAUAGAAGAUACUGAGGUGUGUGCUGCCUUUGAAAGUUCUACAAAUGAUGAAUCCAACUAUGGUUUUUUUUAGUAUGAGAGCCUGUCCCAUGGAUCUUAUGGCCAGUGGGGAUUCUUUAUUGAGACAUGUAGAUCAGAAGCUUUGAAAGAUCAGAUGAGGCUGAUGGUAUGUAGGAUCACACGCAUCAAGUUCUGAAGGCCAGCAGCAACCCUCUUCAACACCGACGGAAACUGGUAAAGAAACCUGAAACCAAUGUAACUCAGCCACAGAACCGGUGAAGGUAGUCUAGAUGACAUGGCAAAGCUGAUGUUGGAGACUGGGAACAUGCGUCCCAACCUGCUCAUGCCUGGUUGCCAAAGGAGGGAGAUGGCUUCGAAGUUAGCGAUGAAAAUGGUAGCUAUGUUUGGUGACGAUGAUGAAGCAGCAUUUGAGGAUGUCGGACAAUUCAUAUAAUUCCACCUUAAAAAUAGGGUUACAGAUGAUGGGGAGAUUUGUACAGGCCGAUGAGCUCCUCACUACCUAGGGCCUUUCUUAUGGUAAUGUAUUUUUUUUUUCUGUGAAAAUUCUGUGCCACCCGGUCGUUCCAUAUACAAUUUUCUAAGUUCCUCAGUAAUGUGGGCCUAUGUUGUCACAUGUCAGCGAAAAAGCAAACAAGAAGCUUUUUACAUUGCCGCAACAGUUAACGUGUUUAGAGACUGGUAGGUGGGCCUAUGUUGUCAAUAACCAGUCGGACUGUUUGGUGGCUGCCCCGUUGGACUUGGACCUUAUCCUGAGCCUAAUUGGUUUGUCGCGGCAUCGCCUCCGCCCAGCUGCCAUUUGCCCGCUCCAACUCCUGGAUGACAUUCAACAGCUCAAGAAAAUCCCAGCGCUGCUCCCCAGCCACAAAUCGCUUCCACGUGGGGCCCAAUAGCGCGGUGUCCAUAUCUGCAAGACUGCAACUGCAACCUCUGCAGUCUGCACACAGUGAGGUCGAGCAAGGCGACCACGGUGGCGAGAGAGACACGCGAUUUUUACUCGCCGCGGUAACCGGAUCUUGUGAACACAAGAGCUCCAUGUGGCCACCGGCCACGGUUCGGCAAUGGUAGUUUCGUCACACUGCCUGUCUUCCACCACUCGCCGAUGGUGCUAGCAUGGUGGGAGGUCUAGUUCUGUCCCAGGCGCAGACGCACCAGGUCGCCACGCCAAGAACCGCCGCGCCGGCGCCGGCGCAGGCGUUGGAGAAGAGGCCGUGGGACCAGGCGCAGCCAUGUGGCACGGCGGCGGCGGCGGCGGCGGCCGUCUCGGUGCGGAGCUUGGACGAGGUCAGGAAAGCGCACGCGCGGCAUAUCAAGCUGGGCGUCGAUCGCUGCCCGCGGCACGCGCGGCCGCUGCUCGCGGCGUGCGCGCUCUCGGGCUGGCCGGGCGGCAUGGAGCUCGCGGCGUCCAUCUUCGAGUCGCUCGUCGAGCCGGAGGCCUUCGAUUACAACACCCUGAUGCGCGGCCACGUCGGUGGCGGCCGCGGCGACCGUGAACCGGCGGCCGCGCUGCGCCUGUACGUUGACAUGCUGGAGGCGGGCGUCGGGCCUGACAGCUACACGUUCCCGUUCGUACUCAAGGCGUGCGCGCAGCUCGCGUCCUUGCAACAAGGGAGGCAGUUGCAGGCGCACAUCGAGAAGCUCGGGCUCCAGCACGACGAGCACGUGCAGAACAGCCUGAUCAGCUUCUAUGGCAAGUGCGGCGAGCCGGCGAUGGCUCGUCUGGCGUUUGACCGGGUGGAGGACGAGGAGCGGACGACGGCUUCCUGGAGCGCACUCCUCGCGGCGUACACGAAGGCCGGGCUGUGGGGCGAAUGCCUCGAGUCGUUCGGCGCGAUGGUGCUCGAUGGGUGGAGGCCCGACGAGAGCUCCAUGGUCAGCGCGAUCUCGGCGUGCGCGCACCUGGGUGCCUUCGACGUCGGGCGGAGCAUCCACUGCGCGCUGCUGAGGAACACCGCGAGGCUGAACACCAUCAUGCAGACGUCCCUGGUCGACAUGUACGCCAAGUGCGGCAGCAUCGAGAAGGCCGCGGCGGUGUUCGACGCGAUGGACGACAAGAACGCGUGGGCGUACAGCGCCAUGCUAUCCGGCUUGGCGCUGCACGGCGACGGGCGGAAGGCGCUGCAGGUGUUCGACGCGAUGGUCCGGGAGGGCCACGCGCCCGACGCGGCGGCGUACGUCGGCGUGCUGAACGCCUGCAGCCGCGCCGGGCUGCUCGAGGACGGGCUGCGGUGCUUCGACCGCAUGCGGCUGGAGCACAAGUUCGCGCCCAACGCGCAGCACUACGGCUGCAUGGUGGACCUGAUGGCCCGCGCCGGAAGGCUGGACGACGCGCGCGCGCUCAUCGGGAGCAUGCCCACGGGGCCGACGGACACGGCCUGGCGAAGCCUGCUGAACGCGUGCCGGAUCCACGGCGACCUGGAUCUCGCCGAGAGCGCCCUUGAGGAGCUGAGAAGCCUCGGCGCCGCCAACGCCGGUGACUACGUCAUCGUCGCGGACAUGCACGCCAGGGCCAAGAAUUGGGCCGCUGCCGCCGCGUUCCGGACAGAGGCGGUGGACUGGGGCCUCGCGCAGUCCCCCGGGUUCAGCGCCGUGGAGGUACGCGGCGAGCUGCACCGGUUCGUGUCGCAGGACAUGUCGCACCCGCGGACGCGCGACAUCUACGAGAUGCUCCACCAGAUGGAGUGGCAGCUGCGGUUCGAUGGCUACAGACCUGACACGUCGGAGGUGGCGCUGGACGUGGGCGAAGAGGAGAAGCGGCACGUGGUCGCCGCGCACAGCCAGAAGCUGGCCAUGGCGUUCGGUCUGCUCAGCACGCCGGAGGGGGCGCCGGUGAGGGUCGUGACCAACCUCCGGAUGAGCAAGGAAUGCCACGCGUACAGCGCGCUGAUCUCGGAGAUCUUCGGGCGGGAGAUCGUCAUCAGGGACCGGAACCGGCUCCACCGGUUCAGGCGCGGCGCCUGUACUUGCAGAGACUACUGGUAACGGUUUCGUUGGUGUGAACUGUGAUCGAUGGUGUAAAUAUCAACAGCGAUUUCUUUCUUUGUCCCUGCAAUUCAGUGUAUGUAUGAUUCCUUUGCUGUGAAUGGAAUACACGGUGCACGUCUUCGAUAAAAAAAAAAACGUUUGAACACUUUCUGUCA